UCCACGGAUCGAGUAGAUAAGAUCGAGCUCGGGGAGGUUGGGGCCGAAAAGAAAAAGAAAAAUCAUCUCCAAUCUCCAAUCAAGUUAACCCUAGCAGCCGCCGGCGGUUAGGGUUUCGAGCGAGAUGGCGGCGGCGGCGAGGCAGCGCGGCACCGUGAAGUGGUUCAAUGACACCAAGGGCUUCGGCUUCAUCUCCCCCGAGGACGGCAGCGAGGACCUCUUCGUCCACCAGUCGUCCAUCAAGUCGGAGGGCUUCCGCUCCCUCGCCGAGGGCGAGGAGGUCGAGUUCUCCGUCUCGGAGGGCGACGACGGCCGCACCAAGGCCGUCGACGUCACCGGCCCCGACGGAUCCUACGUCAAGGGCGGCUCCGGCGGCGGCGGCGGGGGCGGCGGCUUCGGAUCCCGCGGCGGGGCCGGAUCUGGCGGCGGUGGCCGCAGCUACGGCGGCAGCUGGGGCGGCGGGAGGAGAUCCGGUGGCGGGGGCGGCGCCGGCGCCUGCUACAAGUGCGGGGAGCCCGGCCACAUGGCCAGGGACUGCCCCAGCGCUGAUGGCGGCGGCGGAUACGGCGGGGGCGGCUACGGCGGCGGCGGUGGAUACGGCGGGGGCGGCUACGGCGGCGGCGGUGGCGGUGGAUGCUUUAAGUGCGGGGAGCCUGGCCACAUGGCCAGGGACUGCUCCAGCGGCGGUUACGGCGGCGGCGGCUACGGAGGCGGAGGCGGAGGCGGCGGCGGCGCCUGCUACAACUGCGGCCAGACCGGCCACUUGGCGAGGGACUGCGCCUCCGGCGGCGGCGGCGGCGGCCGCUUCGGAGGCGGAGGCGGCGGCGGCGGCGGCGACCGCUCCUGCUACAACUGCGGCGAGGCCGGCCACAUCGCCCGCGACUGCCCCGCCGGCGCCGCGUGAGAUCGGGUUGGAUCGCGCCGCGCCACUACCCGGUAGUGGUGUGGCCUCCCUAUAGAUCUCGCCUAAGCCUCACUAUGUCUCGUUCGUCGGAGUAUUGCUUUAGUUUUGCCGAUCUGGGCCCGAGCGCCCGCCUCCUUGCUAUAGAGGAGCCCAACCGCCUUUUUUUUUCUUCUUUCGUUUCGCUUUUGCUCUUGGAUUUGGUUCGUAGGGGAGCUGCUGCUCAGGUUAUCAUCGUGUGCUUGGUGAGUCUCGUCGUCGGUCGUUGUCGUUAAGGUUAAGAAGAUCAUGAAGUGAGAUGGAUUGGUUUUGUGUUGCUCGAGGAGAUGACAAAAUCUGCCUUCUUUUUUUGUGUGGUUUGCUUGCUGCUCCUGAUGGAAAAGAUUAUUAUUAAUAUUAUUAUUAUUGUUAUCAUCA